AUGAGCCAGCAACAACCACAAAGGGCUGGGGCUGAUCAAUCCCAUGAUCAGCUGGAACCUAUCACGUUCGGUAAUGGUUUUAACGUGACCGGUGAACUGGCUUCAAAACCUAUCGGACCACAAGAUGCCGCCGCCAUGCAGUCGGCUGAGAACAUGGUCCUAGGACAAACAACCAAAAAGGGUCCCGCGGCUGCAAUGCAAUCCGCAUCCACCGCUAAUGAAAGAGCAGGCCUCGUUAGCCGCAACCAAGGUGGAGAUCAAGGCGUCGCCGUCAUUAAAUCUAACAAAGAUGGCGAGGUUUUGGUCACAGAAUCCGUUGGUGGACAGGUGGUCGCGGAAUACAGGCAACCGGAUGUUUCAAUGGUGACUACAACUCCAGCAACAUUGAUUGAUCCUGGUCCAAUUACGAUUGGAGAGGCUUUAGAGGUGGCAGCCCUCUCUGCUUCCGAUAAACCGAUUGAUGAGAGCGAUGCGGCCGCAAUUCAAGCUGCUGAAAUGAUAGCUACCGGAAGUAGCGAGAUAUUGCCCGGUGGUAUUGCAUCCGAGGCUCAAUCUGCAGCCAUUCGGAAUUCCCAAAUGGAUGGGUCCGAAGAUCGAGCCACUCUGUCGGACAUUUUAGCGGAUGCAAGUGCGAUAUUGGUAAAGGAUAAAGUAGUGACUCGUGAAGAUGCUGAGAAGGUGGUAGCUGCGGAGGUGAGAAAUAAUCCAGAGAUGCAAACUACGGCAGGUGGAGUGGGUGAUGCCAUGGCCAUAGCAGCUCGGCGUAAUCAAAACUCAACAAUUUAGAUCUUAUGAUAAUACUACUUUGGAA